AUGCGCCCCUGUACCGCCUCCCCAUGCUGCUGCCAGGCCCGUAAUCUGCCAUGGGCACCCGUACCGACUCCUCAUGCUGCUGCCAGGCCCGUAAUCUGUCAUGGGCCCCUGUACCACCUCCUCAUGCUGCUGCCAGGUCCAGAGUGUGUCAUGGGUCCCUGUACGGCCUCCCAUUGCUGCUGUCUCUAUCGCCACACUCUGCCAUGUGCCACUUUCAGGUCUCCUCACACUGCUGGUGGUUUCCAUUUUUUUGUCAUAGGGUGCUGUAUGGCCUCCCAUUGCAUGCUGCCUCCACCGCCACACUGUGGCUCCACACUCUGGUUUUGGCCCCGUGACUGCCCAAAUGAGUGAAGUGUGCGGUGAUUCUAAGAUCGACGGCACUCAUCUGCAUGUCAUACUGACUGACAGUAUUAUUUCUCUUCCCCAGCAGACUCCAAGGGCAUUUAAAUUAAAGGUACAGUGUUCUGCACUAAUAUUA